AUGCCUUCGUUCAAGACUUUCCGGAUCAAGAAGAAGCUGACGAAGAAGAUGAGGCAGAAUAGGCCCAUUCCCCAUUGGAUUCGCAUGAGGACCAACAACACCAUUAGGUACAAUGGUAAGCACAGGCACUGGAGACGCACCAAGUUAGGGUUUUAAGGAUACUCUCAGGUGAUCGUUGAUUUGGGUUCAGGGUAACCGCAUUGUUUUCCCUUUUAUUAUUUGAAUGACAUGUGUUUUAGAGUUCUGUUUUGUUUUAGUUAUUUAUGAAAACCCUUUGAUGUGUUGGAAACAUUGUUAGUUUUGAGUAUUGAAACUGUGAACAUUUGCUACGCUCUUU